GACGUUUGUUCGUGCGCAAAUGACCCUAUGUCAAAAAAGUCAAACGUAUAACCUCACUUUUGGUCCAAUGAAAAUGUGUCUAUUGGUUUAAUUUGUGUUUUCAAUUUACAAGAAAAUACAUCCAUAAUGUCUUUUUACAUAUUAAAUAAUUCCCGCAAAAUAUGUCACCACCGGACCAUCAUCUACAAAAACUGGGCCUCAAAUUUUACAAAUCAGGGUUUACGAAAACCCCCUAAUUUUAUCUCUGCCAGAAACUUUUCACGCAAGGAACGAACUUCUGAUCGGUUUGAAUGGAAGGGAAUUUUGACUAGAUUCGUUCCAGUAGGAAUAUGUCUUAUUGCUGUGAUGCAAUGGCGUUCUUACCGGAAAAAAUCGUCAGAACGCUUGGCCAACAAAUGGGAAAUUGACUGUUACUGUAUGUUGCCGUUGAGGACGGUUUCGCGGUGGUGGGGCUGGCUUGCAGACAAAGAAAUACCGGAGUUUUUACGACCUGUAGUCUAUGGUUUGUAUGCUAACACUUUCGGCGUUAAAUUGUCGGAAGCUUUACAUGAGGAUUUAAGGUCUUAUCCAAGUCUAGCGGACUUCUUUGCGAGGCCUUUGAAAAGCGGAAUUCGGCAAGUUGACCACGAGAGUGACUUAGUUUCACCUUGUGACGGCACUGUGCUGCAUUUCGGCACGGUCCACACUGGCGAGAUCGAACAAGUGAAAGGUGUAACCUACUCGCUUGAAAAAUUCCUGGGUGAAAACACUUGGAAUAAUAACAACAACGUUAAAGAUUACAGAACGUCGCUGCUUCACAACGCCCACACACUGUACCAGUGUGUUAUUUAUUUGGCCCCGGGGGACUACCACAGGUUCCAUUCGGCUGCAAAUUGGAAGCCAACCCACCGGCGCCAUUUCCACGGAGAACUCCUGUCGGUGAGUCCCCGGAUCGCCAAAUGGGUUCCUGGGUUGUUCUGUCUGAACGAACGCGCAGUGUAUUUGGGUUCAUGGGACCACGGGUUUUUCUCAUACACCGCAGUUGGUGCCACAAAUGUGGGGACAGUGAAAGUCUACUGCGACAAAACCCUCCACACAAAUCACCCGAAAAAAUCAGAUCGUUGCAAAGAUCUGUGUUUGGGUAAUGGGACGUAUUUUAAGAAAGGGGAUCCGUUUGGGGAGUUUCGAAUGGGUUCUACUAUCGUCUUAGUGUUUGAAGCACCCGUUAAUUUUCAAUUCACGAUCUUACCGGGUGAUAGAGUACAAAUGGGUCAAGGCUUAGGUCGAGUUGGGCAACAUAAAUUUGUUGAUAGAUUACAACCGACCCCUCAGCUCAUUAAUAAAGCGACUUAAAUCUUAGAAUAAGUAUUAAGUAAUAUUUCAUUGUGAUACUUAACUACGCUUUGCAAAUAAAGAUGUUUUUAAUUUU